AUGGCCGAGUACAAAUAUCUUAGCCCCGAGCAAGUGGAUAAGUUUCUUGAGGACGGGUACAUUGUGAUCAAGAAUGCUUUUACGAAGGAGAAAGCCGCUGAAUGGACUAAAUCUAUGUGGACUCGCCUAGGCAUCGAUCCUGACGAUAAGACUACGUGGUACAAGGAAAGAAUCCACAUGCCUUGGCACAAAAGAGAGCAAGUGGCCAAGUUUGCGCCUAAGGCCUGGGGUGCCAUCGUUGAUCUAUUAGGUGGCGAAGACAGAAUCGACGAAGAAAGUAGCGCCUGGGGCGAUAGCUUUAUCGUCAACCUCGGUACCGAUGCCUUAGAACAAGCGAAAGAAGACAAGCGUCCAACCGAUCUUGAUAACUGGCAUGUCGAUGGCGAUUUCUUCGUUCAUUUCCUUGACUCUCCCGAGCAAGGUCUCCUUGUAAUUCCGAUUUUCUCUGACAUACAACCUCGCGGCGGCGGGACUUUCAUCUGCACAGAUGGUUUGGACAAGAUAGCCAAGUACUUGUCCGAGCACCCAGAGGGUGUUCUGCCCACUGGCUUAUCGUUCACCCCAUCCACGACGAAAUACAGCACCGGAGAAUACGACCAAGAUCCCCACUAUUGGUCGCACCUGAAGGAAAUCAAAACGUGUAACAAGUUCAUCGAGAUGACAGGAGAGAUUGGAGAUGUUGUGUUACUUCACCCGUUGAUGAUGCACUCCGCGUCGAAGAACUACCUGCGAAUCCCAAGAGUCAUCACUAACCCUCCCGUCUCUCUCAAGGAGCCGUUCAACUUUGCUCGGGAAAGUCCUAACGAAUACAGCCUUGUAGAGAGGAAGACUCUCAAGGCCCUCGGCGUAGAGCGACUCGAGUUCAAGCCAACAACAGAGAGAAGGAGGAUCGUGCCGAAGCGAGUCCUCGACCAGAACAAGAUGCUUGAAGAAGAGAAAAGACGGUUAGCGGCAACUCCUAUGCAGCACUAG